AUGGCCGAAUUGAACGGGAAACGCGCGAAGCGCCCGCCCGCUUGUAUUCAAUGCCGGAAACGGAAAAUUGGUUGUGAUCGUGUGAAACCGAUCUGUGGGAAUUGCCGGAAGGGGAACAAACCCAACUGUUCCUUCCCGAGUGACUCUGGACUAUCCCCACAGUCUCCAGCUGCGCCGCUAGCUGUGCCCGAGACGCAUCAGCACCAGCGGGCAGCUCCACCACCACGUCCGCAGCCUCAACUGCAACGGCAACGGCAACCACAGCCCCAACCACAGCCGCAAACACAACCUCAACCACAGCCUCAACGAUUACCGAUACUGCAGCCGCAACAGCAGCAGCAUCCGAAACAGAAACUACCAAAACAACAACGUAUAUCACUACAACAACAACAACAACAACAACAUGUGCAGCUGUCUCAGCGGCAGCAGCAACAGCUCCGGUCAAAACAUCGUUUUACGCCGCCUAUCAAGCAGGACCGGUUUGUGAUUCACAAAUCGUCUGCAAGGGAAUCUUCCCACACUCCACCCAUCAAGGAAAAACAUCUCGCGAAGAAUGUCCCACGUAGCUCUGAUCUGUCUGCACUGCAACAGAUAAAGGAGUAUAACACGAAAAUGGAGCUACUCAGAGUGUCAAAUCAAAGGAUCUUUUCAGCACCUCCCAAAAAUACACCAAAAACACAAUCUUACAUUCCACGAUCCGCAGCACCUAGACUGGAGAAGAACCCGGUUCAGUCACUGGCAAAUACAAACGUUGAAUUAAAUUGGGUGCAAGGACCAGCGAUUUUUGAUCCAGCGGAUACUCCGUAUACACCACGCGAUGCUGUUUUGACGGAACUGCCUCUCUUGCAGGCAAGAUUGUUUGAAUUGCAAGCUAUAACGGGGAAACAACUAGACAGCACAUAUUUGUCUCUAGAGGACCCCUCGGUUGCGAGACCUACUGGUGAGGACUACGAUGACGAAGAGGAUGAUGACUACGACAGUAACAAUACGGACAACCGCUCGCAACGGCUCAGCACACUGGAUCACCAGCAACAGCUCGGUUCGGGGGGCAAGCCCACCAGUCCACCAGCCAACUCGAUCGACGAAUUUAGAGAUCUCGACCCGACGUUUUUGGACCCGAACGAAGUCUUCUCCAUCUUUCAAAAAAAUGCCAGCGUUAUAGAUGAAAACCCAAUUUUGGAUUCACCAAGUUCUAUCUUCACUUUGAAGUUCCUAAGGAAUAGGGACGACUUUCUCUUUAAGUUCAUGGAGAUUUUCCGCGGAAUAUAUGGAGAGCAUGAUUGGGAAGUAAGGGAUAUACCUGACCCUGUUGCAAACAAUAUAAACGAUAAAUCCCUAAUAAGGUUUCCCUUCCCCCUACAAUGCCUGGCCGUAAUAAAAAAAUACAUCGACAUUGUCAAAGAGAGCGGCUCCUUGAUCCCGAUAUUGGAUCCCGUUGACCUGCUGAAAGCGCUAGAAAGGGAACUGGUCAACAAUCAAACAUUCGUACCUAAGGACCUGACCCUCUCGCAGUUGGUCACAUUCGGACUUCUUUCUCUUUGUCUGCUACUUACCUUUGAAACAUUGUCUUCUACGGUGUUGAUAGUACUGAAAGAUGCGCAACUGGAUAUGUUCAAACAAUUGCAACAGUUCUUGCCCUUUUUGCUAAUCAACGUUCAAGUCAUCAAACUUGAAGUACAAAAACGGGCACCCUCUACGGAAUCCGUAGACUAUCUGAAAUUUUUGGCGCUAAUGAAGUACUACUACUCAUUGACUUCCUUUGCCUCAAACAGAAUUUCUCUAGAUUUUGACGAGGAUAUGCAUCUGGCGCGACACCAAUCCCUAAAUUGUGAACAAAAGAAUGAACAACAGAUACAGCUUUGGAACUUCAUUUGUAAAAAUUAUCUCAGAAGACAUCUGUUCAGGGGACAGUAUCCAGUCUUCACCAGUCCGGAAUGUGGUUUUGGGUCAACCCCAAUUGCCGACUUACUGUUUCGGAAAGAGCUGGACAUGCUGAACUCACACACGGAUUUGAUCAAAUACUUGCAAAGCAAAGACCAUAUAAUCUCAUUAAAAAGAGUCAUUUUGUCAAGAGACAGUUUGAAAACAAAGUACGCGGACUUAUCUAGGAAGUGCCUGACACCCGCCUCAUUAAUUAAUGGUGUUGUCGAUUCGUUGAUUUAUAGAAACACCAGUCUCUACGUUUCUUACUUCCUUCUACUACAGUACGAAGAAUUAAAUGACGUGGAAAAUUUUGUGGAGUGUUACAAAGAGUUUUUACCUCUGAUACAAGAUACGAUAUUUUUUGUCUUCUCCAAUUUGGCAAACAAGAAUUUUGCAGGUUACGAGUUUCUGUUCAUUAAUCAGCUUUUCACGUUAAUGAGUACUUUCUCCGACAUGAUUUUUGGUCUGUAUUGCCGUGGUAACUUUGCCUACACUAAUAACACAGCUUCAGAGGCGUCGGACGCUGAGCGUACAGAGACACAACAACACAGUGACCUGUGGAUACUAAUAUUGAGGAAACUGUUCAUGUUGCUGUUUGACUAUUCCAAAAACUGUAAAAUAGUAAACCCGUUGUUGUUAAAGACUACAAAUAAGAUUGUCAUAAUACUCUCAUUUGAUUCGAUUCUAAACGAUGAAACGAAAACGGAGAAGGCCGCCAACAUUAAGUCCAUGUUUUCUGGCACGAACAAUAUAUUUGAACGCAUCCCAAUGAACCGAAUCACACAGUUUAAUGUCAAGAUAAAAUCUAUAUCAGAAUCUCUGAUUAACUCAGAUUUUUAUAACCGGAGGGAACCCUUUAAACCAACGGAAACAGAAACUCUUAGCGUUACAAAGGACAAUUUCCAAAGAUGUUACGAAUCGUUUUUAUGA